AUGCAGUUCUCCGAAUCGAAUCUCUUCUAUUCGGUGGUGGCGAAGAAUGAGACGGUCCCGGAAAACUGGACCAACUUUCCGCACACGUUUUUCGUCGUCUUCACCGCCAUCACACUCUAUUAUAUUGUCGUUCUGUUGAACAUCCUCAAAAAUUUCAUCACGUCGCCAUUUUUUCGCAUUUUUUUCGUCACAGGCGUCUUCGACAUUCUCCAAUGCAUCGGCGUCAUUUUUCUCGGCGUCAACGGCCACGUCACGCUAGGUCCCAAAUGGUUUUUCGCCGCCUACUUCUCGAGUUUCGCCAGCUGUUUUUGUCUGUUCACGAAUCUCAUCGGCAACGGUUUGAUGAUCAUCAAUCGAUUCUCAGCGACGUUCAUCGGCUAUCAAAAAUAUUGGUCGAAGCACCGCGUCAACGCCUACAUGUGGAUUCUGUUCACCUUGUGCUUCAUCGCCAGCGUUCCAGCGUUGUUCCGCCACAAAAUCUAUGAGGCCAACGGCGAUUCAUGGAAAGUGGUGACCACGACUCGACAGGCGACAGUGGUGAACUCGUCGAAAUUUUUGACGCUCGCUCGAACCAAUAAUGAGAGUCUCGUCGUCAUCACAAUUGUGCAUCUCGUUCUCGAUUAUUGGAUUCUACAGUAUGAGCUCAAUGAUUUGUUCAAUAUGAAUAUCGCCUGGGUUACCGUAUUCGACGAUCUCAUUGUGUUCUAUUCGGCGUUUCUCACGCUGACCACGUGCAACGCGUUCUCGGUGAUGCUGACGAGCAAGACGUUUCGUUCGACGCUCUUCGAGACGAUCUACUCGCCGCUGACAUUCCGACGAUCGUCGCCGAAUCACGACAACAAAGUCAAUCCGAUCUCGGUGGCAAUCAGCCAGAAUUAA